AUGUCCCGCCUAGACUCGUGGCUCGGUGAGGUCCAGUGGCUGGUCUUGGUGUCGCUCUUCGUCGUGGCGUUGGGCACGGUGGGCCUGUACCUGGCGCAGUGGGCGCUGGCCAGGGCGCGAUCUCGGCCCCCGCAGCGGGCGGCGGAGCCUGGCGAGGACCAGCGCCCCGAGUCGGACAUGCUGCUCUCCUGGAUUCUGACGCUGAACAGCUGGAGGAGCCAGUGGCAGGCCGCCUGGGUGGCCGCCCUGAAUCAGGAGGCCAGACGGAAAGGGGGCCCGCUGCCCCUCUCCUUCCAGGAGGACCCGCAGCAGCAGCCCCUGGAGCUGGCGGUGCAGCAAGUCUUGAGUGCGGCCAGGUCGGCCCAGGAGAAGGUGGUGACUUCUCACGUGGUGGGCAAGGCCAUCCAGUUCCUGGUGAGCACAGGGCCCGCCUCACCUGAGGACGCGGGGCGCCAGCAGUACAGCGUGCGGCUCGCCCCACUUCAUUUACAGCUGGAGCUCUGCAUGAAGGAGAAGAGAGAGGAUAUUCAGGUCCGGUGGGCGUUCGUCAACGUGCCAGAAAUGGCCAUCACCGUCCAGCCCAGAGCCCCGGGGAAGGACCAGGCCGUUGAGGUGAAUGCAAUAUGUGAAACUCUGAAGGAUAUUUUGAAGUACCUGGUCAGUUCCGCCUCCCCAUCGGUGAUUCUGAGCACCAAGCCUGUGGACGUGCGGGAAGUCCAGAAUCUCCAGUGCACUUCACCUGCCCCUCAGGAACCCUGCCCUCCCAAACCUCCAAGGGCUCAUGAUCUCAAAUUACUGGUGAAGAACAUCCGAGCCUCGCUGCUAAGUGACCCUGGUGCUUCAGGCCACGCCCACCUCCAGUGUGCAGUUCAGCUGAACAGCCCCCUCCAGAGGCUCUGCAGCGCCCUCCCCGAAAACACUGCCGACCUCACCUGGGAAGAAGAGUUCACCUUUGAGUUGAACGCCAAGUCGAAGGAGUUGCACCUGCAGAUUUCAGAGGACGGGCAGCCCUCAGAAGCUCUGCUGGCGGUGACAACUGUCCCUUUAGAUUUGUUUAAGAAGCAGCCUUCCGGGCCACAGAGCUUCGUGCUGACCAGCGGGCCCUCGGCAGGCAGCUCCGUGCUGGGUUCCGUCACCGCGGAGUUCUGCUACGUGGAGCCCGCAGAAGCGAAGUCCUGGCCCGGCCCUCUGCCCGUCCCCGCUGCCAAGAUAGAGAAAGACCGCACGGUGAUGCCGUGUGGGACCGUGGUCACUACUGUCACUGCUGUGAAAACCAAGCCUCGCUUCGACACGGGGAGGGCGACCCCGCCGAGCUCGGAGUCUCCCCUGCGGACGCCCGUCAAGGUGAGGGUGAUCGAGAAGGACAUUUCCGUCCAAGCCAUCCCCUGCCACAGUGCGCCCGUCAGCAAGACGCUGUCUUCUUCCGACACAGAACUGCUGGUGUUGAGUGGCUCGGAUCCAGUGGCCGAAGUCGCCAUCCGGCAGCUCAGCGAAUCCUCGAAGCUGAAGCUGAAGUCGCCUCGGAAGAAGAGCACCAUCAUCAUCUCAGGGAUCUCCAAGACCUCUCUAUCUCAGGACAACGACGCUGCCCUGAUGCUGGAUUACGCAGCCUCCAUGGACUGCACCCUGGAGGAGAACACCCUGGCCCAGGCGGGGGUGGCCGAAUCCUCUGCCCCACCCAAGGAGGAGGCCCCAGCCCAGGUCCCGCUGGCCCUGGAGGCCCAGGAUUGCGAGCUGGCCUCCUGGGACUUGGAGAAGGAGUCCCAGGCUGAGUCGUGGGACGGCCAAGCCCCGCUGGACCCCGACGGAGAUGAGCUGUCCGAGAGCUCCCUGAGUGUCUGGGAGCCAGGUGCUCCCAAAAAGCAUAAAGGAGGCCUUUUAAGGAAAGGCGCAAAGCUGUUCUUCCGCCGGCGCCAUCAGCAGAAGGACCCCAGCCUGAGCCAGUCCCACAAUGACCUGGUGUUCCUCCAGCAGCCAGAGGGGCCCCGGAGGAAGGGGGCCACGCUCAGCAGGAUCCUCAACAAGAAGCUGCUGUCCAGGCACAGGAGCAAGAUCUCCAUGAAUGGCGUCCCCGGGGACCCCAGUGUGUAGGCGGAAGAGGGCAGCCUCCUUCACGGUGAUGCUGGAGAUGGGGACCCGCCGCCGACCCGCCAGGCGGAGCGGGCGUACCCGCAAGCUGUCCGACGCCCGUGGUGGGCUUUCUCAACAGUGUCAUCUUUUAAAGGGGAAGAAAAGUCUGGGUCUCCAGCAGCAGUUUCGCCAGAGAGAACUGAUAAAACCUGUUUACCACCAGAAGUCGAAGGAGACCAGAGGGCCCCGCCACGCGGCUGUGUCCCACUCUUAAGAGCCGGAGUCCAAACUGAGAAGAAAUUUACAUUAUGAACCAAGGAACAUACCGCAGGGGGCGCGGAUGGGGCAGGUUUGGGGCCUCAGUGUCACCCACUCUCUGCUCUAACGGGUAUUAUCUGGGUCAACGCCUGGACCACGUCACAAGGAGAAGACGACCCUGUGUGCGGUCCCUGUGAACGGAACGCAUAGGUCACCUCUUCUGUGCGCCUGCUCAGGAGAGAACAGCGCAGAUGGCCCCGAGUGCAGAGCGGUGGGACACGGGCUGAUUUUGGUAGAUGGAGAAAUGACGUCAGGCACGGAAACACUAUAACAAAUGUAGGAAGACAUUUGCCUUUGCUAUUAGCCAUAGAACUUGAAAAAUUAUGCAAAUACUAAAUAUAUCCUAUGCAUAUGAUGCUGAACACUUUUCUAAGUUUACUUUGAGCCUAUUUGCAAGUGGGAGAUAUAUAGGUUCUUACAUGGUUUUUACAUUUUCCUUGUAGUGUAAAAGGC